AUGAUGAAGCGGCCAGCUGCCGCACAUACCGCGGCACCGCCGCAGAAACGACGAGUUGCCUUCGAUCAGAGUAUCGAUGUGGUGCCUGUGCUCAGGGAGCACAUCAAGUCCGCUGCGCUGCUGCCGUACCGCGAGGAGCUGAAGGGCGUGAUGGACCUUGACAAGCUGAGGGCCAACAAGCAGCUCAUCGGAAACCUCCCUGGGUGCAUGCCGCAGACCUACCUCUACAAGCAGCUCGAAACAUUCGCAACAGAAAAAGAAGAUCAGUGGCACCUCGCGGGGGAACUUCCAGGAUGGUGUGACAAGAUGGCCAAGCGCAUUCGCGCGAUGAGGUCAGACGUUGGGCAGAUGAUUUCGAAAGCAAAGAAAGAUCAGAAGAAGCCAGCUCAAUGGUUGAAGACGUACAUGGAGAUAAUUGCCGACUCCACGUUCAGUGAUGCAGAUGGCGAACCAGCUGAGCCAGACGAGGGAGGAGACGAUGACGAUGAGGUUCCUGCCGACGGUGACGGAGAGCAGGACGAGCCAGGAGAUGAACCCGCGGACGCCGAGGGCGAGGACGCACCCAAGGAGGGCGACAAUUCGAACUACACGUUCGAAUGGGACGACGACAUGAAGGCAUGCUACCGCGCGAACCUGGAGUCUGGCAAGAAGGAUCGAUCAGGCCCACCGUAUGCUCCUGAUGGUGCGGGUGCUGAAGACCAGGCCGCAGUCAAGUGGAGCGACGGCAUGGUGUGGUCAGUGCCGACCCUCUCUGUGCAGGACCUGCAGGGCGGAGCGAAAAGUUCGAACAUAUCACUACGAGUGGACGGCCCUGACGUUGGCGGCAUCACGUACGUGCAGGAGCGCAAGAACAACGCUGACUUCGUGUUGCUGAUCAGAGCUAGGGAUGCUGGGGGAAAAGAGAUACAGGUGACGUCGCUGAUCUGGUCACACGCGGCCGAGACUGACCAGACGUACGUGCUCGACCAGAUGCAUGCCAUUGCCAAGGACUACGCCGACGGCAAGCUCAACAAGGAGACAGCCACGCAGCGCAAGAAGGACCUCGACACGGAGAUCACGCAGCGCAAGAAG